AAAAGUUAAAACGUUCAAUUUUCAAGUACAAACGUACAUAGAUUGUUUAUGUUGUUUUAUAAAAAGCGAUAACGCUUGAAACAAUUAAAUUCAAAACGUUUACGUUUAAAGUAAAUUUGUUUGUGUAAACACGUCUAUUUUGUUUAUAUUGUGUAAACAGAACCGAAAUGACGGUCGCUAAUAAUGAGUAUCCGAAAGCUUCCAAUGCUACGUUGAUUGGAGCUUCAAUCACAUAUGUAGCGGGACUAUUUCUACUCUUGUCCUUUGCGGGGCCCUACUGGAUAGAAUCUUAUUCAGAAAUGUUCUCGUCUUUCAAACACAUGGGCCUUUGGGAAUAUUGUUUCGAUCGUUUUCGCUUUCCUUCAUUUCAGUUUGACAAGCUAUUCCAUGGAUGUCACUAUAUUUUUAGCCAGGAGUACUAUGUGAUCCGUGAAUGGUUAUUACCGGGCUGGCUGAUGGCUGUUCAAGCCUUUGUGACUCUGGCAUUUAUAUUAUCAUUUACGGCACAAGUUCUCUUGGCUUGUGUGAUUAUCAGGAUGCCACUUCGUAAUGUCUUAAGAUAUGAAUGGAUAUAUGUGUCUUCCGCAUUUAUUAUGAUUGCAGUUUCAAGUGCCUUCCUGUUACUAGCUGUAAUUAUAUUUGGAACAAAUUGUUACCGUCGCGAUUGGUUGAUGUACCCAUCGUUCAAUGUACUCUCAUGGUCCUAUGCAUUUGCUGUUAUUGCCUGUAUUUUGUUUGGUUUAGCAGCAAUUAUGCUGUUCUUCGAGUCUCGUAAGUUGUACCAACUGAGGCUCGAAGCCAAGAACUUGGUUGCUCAAAUGCAACACAGCCAGCCCGAGCAUGCCCUGCAUCAGAUAAGAGGUCAGUUGCAGCAGCAACAGCAGCAAUUCGGAUUUUAUAGAAAUUAGAUGUUAUUCACAAUUUAAAUCACAAACGUAAAUUACUUUUUAAAUUAAUUACGCUUUGACACACUGACUUGAUAGCUGACAACUGACAGCUGACAUUUGAUUGAUGAUAAAUAUGUAUUAUUUUUAUGUUCUUUGUUUUUUUGUAAAAUGAUUGUAUUGUUUGUGAUUUUAUGUGACUU